AUGCCUGCAUUCAGAAGAACAGAACGGCGUAAAUCUAUGGCGGAGCGGAGGCCUAGUGCCUCAUAUAUUCCUCCAGUGAUCCCCCCUCUCUCGGGCUUGGAGAAACCAAACAGCCACAGCUUGAACAUGGACCAAUGUGACAUUUUGAUUUUGGGCACGGGUCUAGUGGAGUCCAUUUUGGCGGCCGCGUUGGCCUGGCAAGGUGUGAACGUGCUUCACAUAGACCGGAACAAGCACUAUGGAGACUCGUGCUCCACCCUCACAAUCGACCAAUUGAAGAAAUGGUCUAUGGAGGUCAAUGCUGGUCGUAUGGCCCAUUUUUCGGACGCGCAGAUAUAUAUUCCUGGCGGAAAGCACAACAAUACGUUCACCAGCAAGGAUUACGGGGUGGACUUGUGCCCUCGGGUGAUGUUUGCGCAGCUGGACUUUUUGGCGCUCUUGGUGAAGUCUCGCGUGUACAAGUACUUGGAGUUCCAGAGCUUGUCCAGCUUCCAUUUGUUCGAGAACGACCACUUCCGCUCCAAGCUCUCCAACACCACCAAGGAAGAAAUCUUCACAGACCAGUCCAUUCUGUUGCAGACAAAACGCGCGUUGAUGAAAUUUUUGAAGUUUGUAUUGCAGGACAAUGCCGAUGAGUCAAAACAAGAGCUUUUGCGCAACAACUCGAACACGCCUAUUGAAGCAUUCUUGAAAGACAACUUCCGCUUGGAGUCGCCCCAGACUGACGAGCUUAUUUAUUCUAUUGGUCUUUGUAAUGCAAAGGGAACUAAAACUCCAGAAGCUCUUGCACGCAUCAAACGUUUCUUGGUGUCCUUUGAUGUAUAUGGCAACUUCCCGGUAAUGAUGCUGAAGUAUGGAGGACCCGGUGAGAUUUCGCAGGGAUUCUGUCGUAGUGCUGCUGUCGCUGACUCCACAUACAAGCUUGACACACGUCUAGUUGACUUUGACCCCCAAGAGAAGAUUGCGAAAUUCAAUGAUGGCUCUUCUGUCAAAAUCAACGAGAAAAUUGUGGUUUCUCCGACGCAAACACCUAAAUUCCUUGCCAAGAACUAUGCUGAAUUGGAAGAAAAGCUACAGUUGUUCACCGUUACUCGUCUUACUACCAUUGUAAGAAAUGACUGUAAAGAGUGGAUAGCGGAGAACGAGACCUCUGCCAUUGUCGUGUUCCCACCAAACUCCUUGCCAACAAACAACCAAUACAGUGUUCAAGUCUUAAUCCAAAACGGCGGCUCUGGUGUUUGUCCCGUUGGGGAGCUGAUCUGGUAUUCUCACACCUCGGAGCCCAAUUCUGCCAAGGCUAAAGAAGACUUGGAAAGUGCGUACACGAAAAUGGAGAGUUCACUUAUACGAGAGAGCGAAGCCGACUUGGAGGGUGUUCUUGACGAGAGCGAUUUCACGGUCAGUCACCAGGGCACUCCAAUUUUGGUGAACUCCUUCAAGCUUGGUGAAUCCUUACAAAACUUCCUUCCAAAGAAGACCUUGGACAUUGUCUGCAAAAUUGGCUACGUCCAGACCACCUACAUCAAUCCAGACCUCUCGAACGUGCUUCUGGACAAAAAGCAAACCGGAAAUAUUUCCAGUUUGACUGUUAAGGAUUCCAGCGAUAUCUUGUUUCUGAACAUGCCAUCAUCGGAGGUCAGCUACGAUGGUAUCAUUGGCGAAGUGAAGCUCUUGUAUCAAAGAAUUACUGGCAGUGACGAGGACUUUUUCGAUGUUGAUUUUGAGGAUGACGAUGAGGACUACAGCCAAGCUGUGGCAUCCGCCAGUGCAGCCAUAGACAGCGAACUGGCCAUUGAGGACUCUGACUAUGAUCCUUCCCACCACGAACCGUUCGGCGCUAACGAAAUGGAGUUAUAG